UAUAUAAAUUAUAAUUUACUAUAAUCUACUAGAUUAUAAUCUGAUAUCAAAUGUGGAUGUUUUCCAAUAAAUUUAUAUAUUAUAUCAUAUAUAUUAUAUAUUAUUAGAUUAUUUCUAAUACUUUGCUUAAAACAUAUUUAUAAGUGAAAACAAAUAAUAUUAUAAUAUUAAAAUUAAUUUAAUUAUUUUAUUAAUUAUUUUAUCAAAAUGGCUAAUACUUUAGCUAAUGUACCUGUGUCAAAAAUUAUAAAAAAUAAAAGCAAUUUCGAAGAUGAACCAAAAAAAAAAAGUAGAGAAGAUUGGAGAAAAGCGAAAGAAUUGGAAGAAGCAAGAAAAGCUGGUACAGCACCAGCUGCAGUAGAUGAAGAAGGCAAAGAUAUUAAUCCACAUAUACCACAGUAUAUUAGUGCUACACCAUGGUAUUUUGGAGCUCAAGGACCUACUUUAAAACAUCAAAGACCACAACCAGAAAAACAAAAAAAGUAUAGUGGUAUAAAUGAAUGGUACAAACGUGGUGUAGAUUCAUCUAAAAUAGCAACUAAGUAUCGUAAAGGAGCAUGUGAAAAUUGUGGAGCAAUAACUCACAAAAAAAAAGAAUGUAUGGAACGUCCACGUAAAAUAGGUGCGAAAUAUACAAAUGCAAAUAUAGCACCAGAUGAGUUUACUCAACCAGAAUUAUCUACAGAUUAUGAUGGCAAAAGAGACAGAUGGGCUGGUUAUGAUCCUUCACAACAUAGAGCUAUUGUUGAAGAAUAUCAAAAGAUUGAAGAAGCAAAAAGACAAAUGCGUGCAGAAAAAUUAAAUGCAGAAGGAAAUGAUGAACAAGAUUCAGAUAAAGAUGAGGAUAAAUAUGUUGAUGAAGUUGAUAUGCCUGGAACAAAAGUAGAUUCUAAACAACGUAUUACUGUUAGAAAUUUACGAAUUAGAGAAGAUACAGCAAAAUAUUUAAGAAAUUUGGAUCCAAAUUCUGCAUAUUAUGAUCCUAAAACGAGAUCUAUGCGUGAUAAUCCUUAUGCUGGUACAGAUAGAGAGGUAGAUUAUAAAGGUGAAAACUUUGCACGUUUUUCGGGAGAUACGCAACGACAUGCAAAUGCACAAUUAUUUGCAUGGGAAGCACAUGAAAGAGGUGUUGAUGUUCAUUUGCUCGCAGAACCUACAAAAUUAGAAUUACUUAAACAGGAAUAUGAUAAAAAGCGCGACGAAUUAAAAGAUAAAACUCGUGAAAGCAUAAUUAGUACAUAUGGAGGUGAAGAACAUCUCAAUGCUCCUCCACCUUCUCUUUUAUUAGCACAAACAGAACAAUAUGUUGAAUAUUCUAGAUAUGGAAAGAUUAUUAAAGGACAAGAUAGACAAAUAAUUAGAUCAAAAUAUGAAGAAGACAUUUAUCCAAAUAAUCAUAAUUCUGUUUGGGGAUCCUACUGGCAUACUGGUAAAUGGGGAUAUAAAUGCUGUCAUUCAUUUAUAAAAAAUUCGUAUUGUAUAGGAAAUGCAGGUAAAAAAAUUGUUGAAAUGAUAACAGUUGAUAGAGAUGAAUCGAUACCAUGAAAGUAUAAGAUACUAUUAUUCAUUACUUAUAUUGUAUGACUCAGUACUAAAAUUUGUUCAAUUCAAAUUUAUUCAAAACAAAAAUAUUAAUAU